GAAUGAACGACCAGUGGUGCGGCCGUGGCGAACGCGUGCGGUUGUGUUUAUCGAUCAGCGUGCGGUUGCUUUUAUUUUUUUAUUUUUAUUCUUUUCUCCGGUCGUUCGUUUUCGUUUUUUUAUUUUUAAAAUUUUAUUUUCAACCGUUUCAACCGUCGCGCCUACACCGCGCACCGAUCGUUUUUUUUCGCACUGCCGAGUCGUACUCAUCGUUCCCGUGGAAUCCGAUCCCAUUUUCGAACGUUAUCCGGCUUCAGCGGCUGGCAAGGCAAGCUCGUCCGUAAUCCUCGUCUGCUCACGUGAGCUCUGCUAUUGAUUGUCAAGUAUGCUUGAGCGUCACGCAUUUUACUAAAACACAAACCCAAUAAUGAUGACUAUUCGCGUAUGAUAACAUGCAAACGAACCGAAUGUAUAUCAAGCCCAUGUUGUUCAAAUCGCUGUCUGUUCGAUGGUUACUUUUAGCCAUUUAUAUACAAUCGGCAUUUUCAAGACCUGUAGAACAAUCGAAUAAAAUAAGGUCACCUCCAGUCCAUGAAGAUGUGUAUGGAUAUUUGACCAAGUUCGGUUACUUGCCAGAAUCAGAUUUAGCAACAGGAAAUUUACAGACCGUCGAUCAACUACAUGAUGCUUUACGGACAUUACAGACGUAUGGAAACAUCCCAGUUACCGGAAAACUGGACGCGGAAACUAAAGAGCUGAUGCGAAAACCUAGAUGCGGUGUUCCCGAUGUCACUCCACCUGGAAGACAUCGGAACAAACGUUACACUUUGCACGGUCAGAAAUGGCAACACGUGAAUCUAACAUGGAGUUUGCGAACGAGGCACCUAGAGCGAAUGGAUCACGGAUGGGUAAGGUCAGAUUUACACAAGGCGUUGGAAAUUUGGUCCAAACAUUCCAAACUCACAUUCCGGGAAAUAAACAGUGAAACAGCGGAUAUACUGGUAUACUUUGAAAAAGGCUACCACGGCGAUGGAUAUCCUUUCGACGGGCGGGGUCAAGUGUUGGCUCAUGCAUUUUUCCCGGGCACGGGUCACGGAGGAGACGCGCAUUUCGACGUAGAAGAAGAUUGGCUGCUGAAUGGUGAACAAAACAAUGAAGGGACCAGUUUGUAUACAGUGGCUGCGCAUGAAUUCGGACACUCACUCGGUCUGGCCCACUCGUCGGUUGGAGGUGCGCUGAUGUCUCCAUGGUACCAAGGCUUACAGUCAGACUUUGAACUGCCCGACGACGAUCGGCUGGGUAUACAAGUCUUAUACGAUUCCAAAAACGACAAGAAAUGGGGAAAUAUACCCGUAUAUAGACCGGCUGCUCCAAGACCCAACUAUCCAAAUACCAUUCCCCCGAGGACUACGGUCAGGACCACUACUUCCUCUACUUCCACUACUACUCCGAGGACUACUACAACAUACACGAAUAUUAGAACAAGGCAACCAGAUAUACCUCCAGCUAACGAUAAACCGGACUUUUGCAAUACAACCUUUGACGCAGUAUCGAUUAUAAGGAAGGACCUAUUCUUCUUUAAGGGUAAAUACUCGUGGAGAUUAGGCGACAAGGGACUGUACUCUGGAUAUCCAGCACUCAUUAGCCGGCUGUGGUAUAACCUGCCCGAAGAUAUGAACCAAGUGGAUGCUGUGUAUGAAAGACAAGAUCACAAAAUUGUAUUCUUCAUCGGUCGCAGUUUUUACGUGUUCAAUGGAAACAUCCUAGUACCAGGAUAUCCGAAACCGUUAACAGCACUAGGGCUACCAGAAAGACUCGACCACGUAGACGCGGUAACUGUAUGGGGCCAUAACAGCAAGACGUACAUAUUCAGUGGAACGGAGUAUUGGAGGUAUGAUGACGAAACUGAUCGGAUGGAACUGGGCUAUCCUCGUGACAUAAUGACCAUAUGGAAAGGGGUGGGAUACAACCUUAAUGCCGCCUUUCAGUGGCAUGACGGUGCCACUUACUUUUUAAAGAACCGAGGCUUCUGGAAGUUCAACGAUCUACGGAUGCGCGUUGAACAGGAAGAGCCCAGGUCAAUCGGCGAGUUCUGGUUCAAUUGUACGACGACCACGGAUGGUGGCAAACAACGGCCACCAGUGAGAAGCAAGGGUCGGGUGACCGUGGUUACAGAUCGUUCCGCGGGCCGAGGCGGACGAUUGCUAUCCGAGGCCGAAUUUCCCGGCGAAAAGCCUUCCUCGGCCGCCAUUGCCAACGGUCUGCUGCAGCCGACGUUUCUAUCAUUACUUGUGUGGCCGGCAGCAAUGUUUUGGAGCUCUACGUGGCGGCUCUUGUGAGCACGUCAGACUACGUCAAGCUUCGGUCGUCGCCUACCCGGCCGGGGAACGUAGUACGGUACAUGUGGUUUCAAUGCGACGCAUACCACGACCCUCCCCCCCUCCUCGUACCCACGGUGUAAACCGUACGGGGCAUUGUGGUUGUACAUACCUUGACGACUAUGCCGAAUGCCGUCGCAGCGAUUUAUUAUCGUGUAAUAUAAUUUAUUUUGAUGUUGAAUAACAAUCGCUCGAACUUUAUUACAAUCACGUCCAAGCAUAUUUAGAGUCGAAAUUCAGGGACGUAUUUAGACUUUUGCUGCUCCUAAUCAACACUACGAUUUAGUCUCGUCCCCUCAUAAAAAAAAAAAAAAUCAACUUUGACGCAAUAAUUUUUCUUGUUCUCAAAUAAAGACUGAUGAACAGAACGUCAGAAGCUACACGAGACCUUAAAUUCAAUCCUGUCAUCAAG